CUCCAACCCUCCCUCCUUUCUGUCUCAGACAAGGUCCAGGAGGAGAUCAGCAGGGUUAUAGGAAGUCGUCAGCCCUUGGUAGAGGACAGGAAGAACCUACCCUACACUGAUGCAGUGAUCCAUGAGACCCAGAGACUGGCCAACAUUGCACCCAUGGCCAUCCCUCAUACCACCAGCCGAGAUGUCACGUUCCAGGGAUAUUUCAUCAAAAAGGGGACGUCUGUGAUUCCUCUACUGACGUCGGUCCUACAGGACGAUAGCGAAUGGGAGAGCCCCACACCUUUACCCCCUCCCACUUUCUGGAUUGAGCACGGAACAUUUUGUCAAGAGGGAGCUUCAUUGGCCUUCUCUGCAGGUAUAUUAACUUCAUUAUAG